AUGGGAUAUUUUAAAGCAGCAAAACACUUUGAUGUACCGAGAACCACGUUGUUUCGAUUGUGUCAGAAAAAUGAGCUAUCUCCAGAAGAAGCUGCAGCCACAAAAUUAGGAAGAAAAUCUGUUUUAGGUGAUCAGCUCGAAAAUCUACUAGUAGAAUAUAUUUUAAAGAUGGAGAGCAAGUUUCAUGGUUUGACGAGGAAUGAUGUUCGUAGAAUGGCGUAUAUGUUGGCCAAACGCAAUCAUUUGGAGAAUCCGUUUGGUGAGUCCGGAAUGGCUGGAAAAAAUGGCUAA